AUGACCAUGUCCAUUAAAUAGAGGUCUCAUAAUGGCACAUAUCUAAAGGCAACUGGUGAUUAUAUUUACGACCUAACCUCUAUGAUUUGUUCACGAGGACUUUGAAGUCGGAUUCGUGAAGAGGGGUAUGAUCUAUUCGAGAUGUGGAUUAUUUCGACUUGAGAUAACACAACUCCGUGAGUACUCAUAUCUUUUAAUGUUAGACACUCACAGCAUUCUGUACAGAAAAGACGAUGCCCCAUGAUGAAGAUGUCACCAAGAUAUGUUCCAGUAUACGUAUGAUGCUUGUGAGGGACGGGCACAAUCCUCGUGUCGUCCCUGUAUGUAUAGUGACCUGACCUGCGCCAUUACUCACAUCCCAGCUGACUUGAUGCUGGUGUAAGACACAUCCUACAACACACCAUAACAUGAGGCGAUCGCGGCGUCGCGUGGUCAAGGCUUUUGUGUUAUGUAUGUUGUUGUUAUUUUUAUAUAUCACCAGAUCAUUGGUGCAAACUGUUGAUUACCAAUUUUCAAAAGAUUCCAGUAUCGUUGCGAAUAUAUUUGGCCAAAGUGACGUGAAAGCUGCGUACAAACCGGAUGAAAUCGAUGCGGUAGUAAAAGGUGUUGAUAGGAAUACAGGCAAUAUGCAAGUUGCUGGACCGAGGAAGUAUGUGAAUCACACAGGUAUCAAGCACAGGGGACAUGGGAAUAUAUCCACCCUUGGAACAGCUAUAGAAACAGUGGUUAAAAACAUCCAGAAACAUGUACCACCGGAUAGGGUGGAAGACCAGCAGAAACACGUACCAUCUGACAGGGUGGCAGGGCAACAGAAUCAUAACCCAUACGAUGAGGAGUAUUAUGUGGAGGAGUACGGAGGAGAAGACAGUGAUGUAACGUAUCCGCCGUUCGUGGAGCACAGUCCGGAGGAUGGUCCAGGUGAAUGGGGAAAUGCUGUUCACUACAAGUCUACUGGGAAGGAGUACCAUGAGGAUGCUGAAGGAAGGAGGAGAAACAGCUUCAACCAGUUGGUGAGCGAUCGCAUCUCAGUACGACGGCGUCUACCAGAUAACAGGCAGGAGGAAUGCAAGUCACGUGUGUAUCCAGUCGAUCUACCUCCAGCUAGUGUCAUCAUCUGCUUCCACAACGAGGCUUGGUCCACCCUCCUGAGAUCUGUUCACAGCGUCCUUGACCGCUCCCCUGCACAUCUAAUAAAAGAAAUAGUUCUAGUUGACGAUGCAUCAACUCAAGAUCACCUCAUGGCGCCUUUGAAAAAAUACAUGACAAAACUGGGAAAGGUGAAGAUUGUCAGACUCAGGAAACAGCGAGGCCUAAUAAGGGCGAGACUCAUUGGAAAUGAAGUGGCUGCUGGACCAGUACUGGUGUUUCUCGACUCUCAUAUAGAAUGUUUUCCAGGUUGGUUAGAGCCACAACUCGAUCGUAUCAGGACGAACCCGAGGAAUGUCCCCUUUCCACAUAUCCAUGUUAUAAGCUCGGAGAACUUCGGGACGGGCAUGACGAGCAAGUUGAGGCACUUUGGGGUAUUUAACUGGAAGAUGCUUCUCUUCAACUGGGGGAAUAUCAGCAACAAGAGUAGGAGCCAGAUGACGUCACCUGUUGGUCCAAUUAGAUCCCCUACAAUGCCUGGUGGAUUGUUUGCUAUAGACAAACAGUGGUUCACAACUCUGGGAACGUAUGACCCGGGACUCUUGUACUGGGGUGGAGAGAACAUAGAACUCUCUUUCAAAACAUGGAUGUGUAACGGAACUCUGGAGCUCCUUCCUUGUUCGCACGUGGGGCACAUCUUCCGUAGUAAGAAUCCGGUGAAGUGGGAGGGAGGCGGGAACCCUAUCUUGACCAACUCCAUGAGAGUUGCAGAAGUCUGGCUCGAUGAAUACAAGUACUUGUUCUACGAACAAACCUCACUGCUCCAGGGAUUACACAACUAUGGUGACAUUACUGACCGGAAGAAACUGCGGGACAGUCUUCAUUGUCAUGACUUCCGCUGGUAUAUAGAAAAUGUCUACCCGGAGUGUCCGUUUCCGGGACUAUUUAAUGUGGGAGAGGUUCGCAGCAUUUCCAACCCAACGCUGUGUCUAGAUUCUGCAGGAAGGAGAACCCCAGCCCUCGUCCCUUGUCACGGGAUUGGCGGGAACCAGUACUGGCAGCUGCUCCCCUCUGGAAAGCUGCAGGGUUCCAAUGAUCAGCGACUUUGUAUCAAGUCCGGCGAGCUAAUACAAGACAAGUGCUUCCACGACAGCAUUGGGAAGUGGACAUACACGGAAGACAGGAGCCUCCAGCUUAGUGCGUUAAAUGUCUGCUUAACAGUUGGAGACCGUUCCAACAUUGUGAUGAAAACCUGCAACGGGAAGACGAAUCAGAAAUGGGCCUUUGGAAAAUCUAAAUUUAGGCUUAAAAAUCGAUAGCGUAAUCAAUAAUAAUAAGAUAGAUGUCUUGUCAAUAACCUAGUUAUGGGUUUCCUGGAAUGUAUGUUUUUUUAUAUGUAAUAAAGUGAAAUCGGGUGUG